GCUACUACUGGAACAUCGACUCCUACAUCUCAGUCUGAUCCAAACAGUAAUAACAACAAUUCAUUUGAAAACACUUCAGCCCCGGUUACUCCAACUCUUGAAGAUAUUGCUCAAUUUAUUGACCCUAAAUUCAUGAAAGCCGGUAUUCAGUUGCUAAAUAACUUCAGCGGUAUGUUCGCAAAAAUGCUUGAACCUAUGGAUGUAGGUGAUGAAAGUUUUGCUUCGGGUUUUGCUGGUAAUGGGUACCAAGCACGAAAACCUUCUACAGCAUCAGCAACAAGCUCAAUGUGCUCAGCAACAUCCAAGUCAGCAACUACAACCAAUACAAACAUCAGCGCAAACGAAAAGAAAGCUACUGGGAAGAAAGAUCAAAGCGACCAAACAAAAGAUGAAGAGAAAGCUGUAGCUCCUGUCAAUCCUGAUACCACCACCAACUCUAGCCCGAUUUCACAGGAAAAUUGCGUCGAAAAAUCACAAACUAAAGAGCGUCGCCGUUCACAAAGCGAAGAAAAUGACUGGCAUAUGGUUGAGAGGCAAGCUGCUGAAUCCACCAUAAAUUUAAUUGAUAUUUCGACUUCUACUUCGAUCGAAUCUAUUGAAAAAAUUGAGUCGCCCGGAGCUGUAGCUGGAGCUGAACCAACUCCUGCUCCAACUCCAGUGGUUGAACCUAAAUCCAUUGAGAACAAUUCUGAAGUUAGUUUCGAAAAACUUAGCAUUGAUUUAAAGAAUCAUGUUGAAAAAGAGAAGCAACACGAGCGCGUUGAAAGGAAAUUCAAACUUGCUGACGUUCUUAAUAACCAAAAUAUACCAUCCGUUUCCAAUAACACUGGCGCUACACCCAAGGCACAAAAAGAACCUAUAGUAUAUCAUACAGAUGCUAGUAUCAAUAAAGCUAUACAUGCCAUGAUGGCAAUGGGCUUUAGCAAUGAGGGUGGAUGGUUAACACAAUUGCUUGAAUCUGUCAAUGGCAAUAUAUCGGCUGCACUGGACUUGAUGUCACCGGCACAGAACCAAAGUAACAAUUAAA